AUGGCUCUAUGUAAUCUCUUACCGGAUUCUCUAGAACAUAGCUCUUUCAAGCAAAAAGCAUCUGAUAGCACAAACCAAGAAGAAUUAUCUCCAGAAGAAUCAAUAGAGAAUCAGCAUCAACCAAAUAUUGAUGACGACAAUAAUAAUAUGCAUACUGAGGCACAAGAAAAUGUUAUGUGUCAACAGCCAGAUAACGAACCACCCGAAAUGUUCAAUAAGGUCAACGCUGGAUUUAUUUUUCAAGGCGCAACAAGUUUGAUUGUUUCCAGUCUAUCUCAAGAUAAUAUUGAUGAUGAUCUUAUUUACUGUUAUUAUUGUGGUGAUAAACAAUUUAAUUUCAGUUUUUAA